AUGUGGUCCCCAAAGCGGUCCACCCCACCACACACCGAGGUAACUGUAUCUCUAGAUGAUGUUCCAAUUUUAAAAUACUCCAGCACCAACCAUGAACUGCAACUUCUGUUUAACUGGCUGGAGAAUGUUGAUUCUGGACACUGGAAGGCUCUGGAGAAAACUGCAAAGUAUUAUGUAGUGCGGCAUCAGCACACUAUAAAGCGUCUGCACCCAUCGCAAGAUGACAUGGAUUCCUAUGUUUUCCAAGUGAAAUUCGGUUGCUACAUUUAUGAGGAUAAUUCUACGAGUGGGGAAGAAGAGUUUGGUGUUAAUGGCAGAGAUUUCAUCUUUUUGGACAAUGAGAAGAAGAAGUUUAUGGCAUCUGCGGAAGAAGGGAAGUUUUUAGCCAGGGAAUGGAAUAGGAGGCCGAACAGUGCCCAGCGGCAAUUCCACUACAAAGACGUGGCCUGUGUUCAGUGGAUGAGGAUUUAUCUGAACAUCAAAACCGACAACUUUACAAAAACCGUGCGUCCAGGGGUGAAGGUGUGGGGUCGUAUCUCAGACGAGGAGAUAACAAGACUUCACUGUCUGGUGUACGGGUUUCACCCCAAAGAUGUUAUCGUUAAGUGGGUGAGGAAUGGGGUAGAUGAUGUUCCUUCAGAUGAAAUGAGUCCGAUCCUUCCCCAUCCUGACGGCACCUAUCAGAUCAGAGUCAGUGUGGAAGAGCCAACAAGGGAUGGAGACACUUACUCCUGUUAUGUGGAGCACAGCAGCCUGGAGGAACCUCUCAAUGUAUACCUAGAGUUGUGGGUGCCGCUGCUCUACAACACUCCUGGGUGGGGCAGGAAGAACCACAGCACCCAGCAGGGACACUAUCUGACAAAGCUGCAGUGA